GAUCUCCGCCGCGAACGUGUGAAUCGCGGGUCUCCGGAGGGGGGGGUUCAGGAUGGGGCCGCUGCUCUCCCUCGGGGUCGGCCUCUUGCUGCUCUUGCUCUGGGCUCGCUACAAGGGGAUCGCCUACGUGCUGAUCCAUCACCGCUGGGUCUUCGUGUGCCUUUUCUUGCUGCCCCUUUCGGUCCUCUUCGACAUCUACUAUCAGGUCCGCGCCUGGCUGGUGCAGAAGCUCCACAGCGCUCCCCGGCAGCACCACCUGCGCGUCCUCAACAUCCAGGCGCAGGUACGAGAAUGGAAAAAAGAAGGCCAAAAAACAUAUAUGUGCACAGGCCGCCCUGGCUGGCUUACAGUUUCUCUUCGUGUUGGAAAGUAUAAGAAAACUCUUAAAAACAUAACAAUCAACUUAAUGGAUGUUUUAGAGGUGGACACUGAAAGACAGGUUGUCCGUGUGGAACCCUUGGUCUCAAUGGGACAGUUGACAGCACACCUCAACCGCAUGGGCUGGACUAUUCCGGUGGUACCAGAACUUGAUGAUCUUACUGUAGGUGGCCUGAUCAUGGGGACUGGCAUUGAGUCUUCCUCCCAUAUCUAUGGGCUAUUUCAGCAUACCUGUGUGGCCUAUGAACUUGUUCUUGCUGAUGGAAGCCAUGUCAGGUGUACGCCAGAAGAGAACUCGGAUCUAUUUUAUGCCGUGCCUUGGUCUUGUGGCACCCUGGGCUUCCUGGUUGCAGCAGAAAUCAAGAUGAUCCCGGCCAAGAAAUAUGUGAAAUUGCAUUAUGAGCCCGUGAGAGGACUAAAGGCGAUUUGCAGGAGAUUUGCGGAAGAGUCGGGAAAGAAAGAGAAUAAUUUUGUGGAGGGUCUGGUGUAUUCUUUGGAUGAAGCUGUCAUCAUGACCGGGGUUUUGACCAAUGAAGCUGACCAGAGCAAGAUUAAUGGAAUUGGGAACUACUACAAGCCAUGGUUUUUUAAGCAUGUGGAAAACUACUUGAAGACUAACAAGACAGGAACUGAAUAUAUCCCAGCAAGACAUUAUUAUCACAGGCAUACACGGAGUAUUUUCUGGGAGCUCCAGGAUAUCAUUCCCUUUGGCAAUAAUCCUAUUUUUCGCUACCUGUUUGGCUGGAUGGUUCCUCCUAAAAUCUCCCUUUUGAAGCUGACUCAAGGAGAAGCGAUCCGAAAGCUUUAUGAACAGCAUCAUGUGGUGCAAGAUAUGAUGAUCCCCAUGAAACACCUUGAGCAAUGUAUUGAAACUUUCCACAGUGACAUUAAGGUUUAUCCUUUGUGGCUGUGCCCUUUCAUAUUACCUAAUAACCCUGGCAUGAUUCACCCCAAAGGAGAUGAAGCAGAGCUCUAUGUAGAUGUUGGAGCUUAUGGAGAGCCCAAAACGAAACACUUUGAAGCCAUGGCUUCCACCAGACAACUAGAAAAGUUUGUAAGGAAUGUUCACGGUUUCCAGAUGUUGUAUGCAGAUUGCUAUAUGACCCGUGAGGAAUUUUGGGAAAUGUUUGAUGGCUCCCUGUACCACAAGCUGAGGAAGCAACUUCACUGUAAUAACGCUUUUCCAGAGGUUUAUGAUAAAAUCUGCAAAGCCGCAAGACAUUAAAUCCAACAUAACUAAACGAGCAAUCAGGAGAAGUUGGAUAUAAGAAUUACUAAUAGCUCUGCCCUUAACAAAACCAUGUUGUUGCCGUUCCAAAGACCUGAAGUAUAUCUGUGAUUUGAGAGUAGGUACCCCUGCCUUUGUGUGAAAAUAUGGCUGGUAAUUUCUUUUUUAAAAAGAAUCGCUUUUUUAGGAUUGCCGUUUUUAAUCUUGGCAGUUUAGCUUAGCUAUCAGUCUGUAUAUUUUUUAGUGGUAUCCUGUAGAAGAGGAAUGGAGAUAUCAGAAUCCCGAAGUAGAAGAGUGACUUUUUAGAAAGAAGGAGAACUGCACUGCAACCAGGAACUGUCAGGGGAAGUUUUAUGGAGAUGUAUUACUGCAAAUGUAGGUGGAUGGCAUCCUAUUCUCUAAACCACAGCCUCUGUGUGAGUGGAGUGCCAAAUAAGACUGCCAAAGGAGACUGCCUUUCAAAUGUCACAGUUGCCUAUACCAUAUCACUAAUCUUCCCCAGGAUUCCCAUGUACAUAAUUAAACUAAACAUGCAUUAGACGUUCGGCCUUCCAGAUGCAGCUGGACUACAACUCACAGCGUUCCUAACCACUGGGGAUGCUGGUUGUUUGCAGAGAGUUUCAGUCCAACAUUUGGAGGAACACAAACUGCCUAUACUUGCCUGAGACUCAGAGUUACAAACCUGUGUGAACACUGUGGAAAACAAUAGCUUAGAGGCAGUUUGAACCAGUGUAAAAUCCUACUUCAUGCCUUCCCUCCCCUUUUAAAAUUUUUAUUUAUAUUUUCCUUUCAUGGUUCUUUUGCUUCAGGGAAAGACAGUUGCUGGUGCGCACUGUGGCAGGAGGGAAUUUAUGUAUUUUUCUUUCCUAUUAUUAAAAGCAACUGUUUCCCCCGCCCCCCAUUAAUCACAGUUUCCCAGGACUCUUAGCAUACACUUCUGACGGGUUCUUUUUGUGUGUUGUGUGUGUGUGUUCCUGUGCUACUUUUUAAUCUCAGUGUUUCUGUUAUAAGUCAUAGAAUGGGCCAGAAUGAUCUGUAUCACGGGUACAGAUGCUGGAUUAACGGGUUUAUAAUGUGCUUAUCAGAAAUACUACACUUGUCUUAUUUUUAUUAGUACAUGGAAAGGAUUGCCGCUGACUCAAAGAGUGAAGUGCUACUUAUAUGUUUGAUUUGGGGCCUUCCUGUUUUAUAUUUACUUUGCUCAUGUAAUGUGUAAGUAAACAAAAUUUUCUGUGGUAGAUUAUAUAGAGCAAACAGCAUUUGAAAGAUAGCAUUUUUCUUCCAGAAUUUCUACUAUUGUUAAAUGAUACCUUUCAGAGAACAGUAUUUGUCAUGGGUCUGUUUUUAGUAAGGUUUUUUUUAGUGCCUUAAACUAGCUGUAAGAAACCUUUUUGGCCAUCCAGAUUUCAAGAGUGUAAUAGCUGGCAGAAAUACUUGGUGUCAGUGUAUUGAGAGAGAACCAGGAUAUUUACUGGCCUAACACAUGCUCAUGUUUAGAUGAAAAGGAACUUAGACUUUGUAUUAUGCAGCCUGAUACUGUAUUUUAAAAACUCACUCAUCAAACACAGCUUGGUAGGCCGUACACCCAGGUAAGUUACAUGUACAAUUAGGCUUAGAAAUCCAAAUUUCUUCAUAACCCAAACUCACAAGCAAGCAACAUGGGAGGGAACGAGAUACUGCUUCUUUCCUGCCAAUUCCUACUAGACUUUAAAAUGUUAAAGUGUGCCUGCUUUCUUUCUCAGAUUAAUAAAUGUUACUGACAUUAAGAGUUAAUUAAGGGAUUCUGUUGCCUCAGGCCAGGAUGGGCCACCAAUGCAUCCUACAAAAAUGCUUUCUGAUAAUUUAAUAUUAUAGCAAUAGGUCAACUUUGGCUAGGAUGUUCACUUUUCACUCUCACAUAAUGAAAACGAAUAGCCUCUUUGCAUCCUAACUAAGGUUCCAGUGUCUAUUUAGGUGUGUUUUUUUUAAUUAUACCAAGUUUAACCAAAAUUUUAUCCAAAGACCAGUUGAAGGCAUAAUUAGAAAUUCUAACAUGCUUUUUUAUUUAUGUGACUGCCCGGAGAAACGUUUGGCUUGAUGAGACAGAUGAUAUGGAAAGAUCCAAGCAGCUCUUUGAGGGAUUUAUUUACAAUUUCCAACUGAUGUUUUUAUCUGAUAGAGGGUGUGGUCGCAUUUCCCUUGCUGUGCAGUCAGACCCUAAGGCAGUAGACAAAGCUCUGUUCUGCAAGAGUGUUGAAUGCUUGGAGUGCUAAGAACAAAUGGCUACACCCUGCAGGAUGUCUCAUCUGAAAGCUACACCCUGCAGGAUAUCCUAUCUAAAUGCUAGUGGCUCACACCCCCAAAGUCUGUUGUCUGAAUCUGUUGCCUCACUCUACCUAAUACUUGGGCCGAUCCUGACUUGGCAUAAGAUGAAACGAGAGACAAACCAAGAGAUGCAAGCUACUCCGUACUUGCCAAUUUUCUGUACGAUAAUUAGUUCUAUAGACCAGUGUCUGGUCCUCAGAACAUGUCUUUUCUUUGUGUGAUGCAUGGUAGUUUUUCCCAUCACAGAUUGUAGCUGUUAAUAAGUUUUUAUCUAUUACUGCUGCUGUAAUGAAAUGACCCUGCUCACUCACAGGUUCUAAUCCAAUGCCAUCAGCAACCAUAUUUUUUCCCUUGCAAUUGUCAUUUGUUUUGUGCUGGUGUGCUUGAGCAGAAUGUGAGUUGUUAUAAAAUGCUAUUUUGUUGUGACUGAAUAAAAUCCUGUUGGGAGGUCUUUCUUUUAACCAUACAUCUGAUACCAUAAGUCAGUGGAUUUUAACACAACACAUACCAGGUCCAUGUCUUAGAUCUGCCACCAGAACACUCUAGAUAAUCCAUAUUAGAAAGAUGUAGGACAGUUAACAGUGCAGGCAUAGCAGAUAUUUCUUUUCAAAGAAUCCAGUGAGCAUGUUCUACAUAUUUUUCAAAUGUGUUUACUUGCAUUACCUUUUU